AUGCAGGUGUCACAGUACUUCGGUAUCGCUGCAGUCGUCGUCCUCUUCGUUUAUAUCAUCGCCAAGAUAUUUCAAGGAAAAGAAAAGAAGCGAUCUGCAAGGCCUGGAACGGUAGUUCUACACCAGUUUCCUCCUUCCGAGCUCUGUGUUUCGGGUUCUCCGCCAUGUUUGAAGUUGGAAACUUUCCUCCGCAUGACAAAGAUCCCGUACGAAAAUGAAUACAGUUUUAAAUUCUCCAAAAAAGGCAAAAUGCCGUGGAUUGAGUUCAACGGGCGCGACACAGCAGACUCUAAUUUUUGUAUUCGGUUCCUGACGAAAGAGUUCAAAAUUGACAUCGAUUCUCACUUGAAUUCCGAUGAAAAAGCUAUCGCGCACUCUGUUCGAACUAUGUUGGAGGAAAAUACCUACUGGUGAGUGAAUAUUUAGCCAUCACUAUGUAUAGCUAUUUUAUUUCGUGCGUAAUAACAAGUGUAUUCUAAAAAGUAUUCACGUAAUGAUACGCUUCGUCGGUUCGCAGAUGCCACUUUAUUGCUGUCGCGUCAGAUCAAGUUUAAUCUUUUCAUCAUUCAGUUCAAGGUCUUUAUUAAUAAACUGUGUGUGACUUUUUCGAAAACUAACCUGGUCAUUCUCAAUAACAAUAUUGCUCGAGGUUUUUUCUCCAGCCCGCACUAGUACGGCUUUAGCUAUUGUGUGACUAUGUACGGCUGAGGGACAAACAAACGAUCUUUCUUCGAACAUUUUCUGCUUUAUUUACAGGGCCCUUGUGCACUAUCGAUUCUUUACUCCCAGCUAUGCUGAGAAAGAUCGCGAGAUAUUGUUUGGUCAUCUUAUCAUGCCGAUCAAGUAUCUUUUAUACUAUAUGAUCCAGCGAAGGGUCAAGAAGGAUUUAUGGUCGCACGGAAUGGGUCGACACUCGGAGCAGGAGCUCUAUGAAAUAGCGGAAAGGGAUCUUCUUGCUGUGUCAGAAAUUUUGGGGCAGAAGAAGUUCCUGUUUGGUGAAAAGCCUUGCCUUGCUGACGCUGCAGUAUUCGCUUUUGUCUGUGGAGCAACCUGGGAUUGUCCACAAAGUCCUUUUGCCGAGCUUACGGCCAAGACGAAAGCUCAGAAUCUUCAGAGACACGCUCAGCGAAUGAAGGAGCUGUAUUUUCCAGACUGGGAUGAUAUCAUUUCCAAUAAACCUAAGUCUGCCUAAAGCUAGAAGUUUCCGUAAUCUCACGACCUUCUUAGUUACGUUUAUGAUACAUUCUUAUGCCUUCUUCGCUUUGUUUUUCUGUUUUCGAUACCGUACAGAAACAAUAUUGAGAGUAAUCUUGAAUACUUACCUACUACUGCAUUCGUCUCUUUUUGCAUUCAUUCUUACAUUUCUAAGUUCCAAUCCAUUACCUAAGAGUUUCGAAAGAGUCUCUAUGAGCAGCAGUUUCAAUUAAUGCCGAUUUCUGGAGGUUUAAACCAGCUUGCAAGUUGUGACGAUAGGUUUUUUCGAACUUACUGGACUUUUGCGGGGAACGCAACAAUAACGUGGGAAAAGAGCUCAGUAGAGACCACUUGGUAGCGAGAACGGAAACUCGUCACGAUUUCCUGCUACACGGCGACCUCCUUCAAGUGAGCUUGCUACGAACGUCAAGGAUCAGACAGCGUUUGGUUCCACAGUAAUUUUAUUUUAGUUCAUACCGACAUUUGACAUCACCUUUAGCAAACUCAAUUCUGUAAUCGAAAAAGCUUACUUGCUUAUGUAUCAGCGGGUGCGAGGUUCUAUUAUCACACAAAGUGCAAUAUUUGAAUAAGGUUACAAUUAAGUGGAAAAAGUAUCUUUGUAGUUAAGCGAUUUUAUUUAAAUAUUCUAUCUGUUCGGAAAGAAUUUCAAAAGUAAGAGAGCGGAUACAAUAGACUCUACGCCAUUUAACUGAAAGAGAACAAACUUACGUCAAAAUUCACAGCUCAGAAGUUAAAACACCCAUCCUAGUUGCGGAUGAGCAGCUUAGGAAACAAAAGUGAGCAGUAAUAAUAAUUUCUGCUCAUCAAUGCGAUGUUGGUGUUGAGUUCGGAAAAUAAUUCUGCAUGAAAGGAAUGCGAACUUACGUCCACAAACUCCACUAACAACUUCCAUAAGAACCAAUUUUCAGAAAGAUCAUUAGCACUUAUAUUUAUAUUAUAGUGACAUGAUCAGGUACUGUCUUAGUUGCGUGAUGAUAGCGUGAAGUGUAACGAAUUCGCUCCUUUCGUUACUUCAUGUUCUUUCACGGUAUUAAAAAGUCCAUAUCUAGUGUCUCCACUGAAGAAG